GUGCCGUGUGUCUCUCUCUCCUCUCCCCAGUGUUGGCUCCAAGGUCCUCGAGGAAGGAUGUCGCUCGCGCGCUCUUCGAUCCAGUCGUUCUGAGCAGUGUCGUCUUUGCCCGCCGUUCCGAUCGGUAACACUGAUAUUUAGAAAAUACAUAGUUCGUCUCUUGUGCCGAUUGUUCACGGUUGAGAUCCAUGUGGAAAAGAAAAUCGAGAGAAGAAGGAAAGAGCGUAAGAUAAAGAAAAUAAAAAGAAAGAAAGAGAAGUGUUUGUCGCCUUCGCAAUCCUUAUGACGGAAAUAUAAUAAACCACCUUUCACGGGGGAUUAUAUCUCUUUUGCUUUUAGACUUCUAUCCGAAUCUGUGAAAGGGCAGGGUCAUGUAGCUUCGUCACACGGAACGAGGUCCUCCUUCAUUACAUCUCGCCUUUUGACAUGAAGACGAAGGUCUUGCUGACGGUCCUUGUGGACGUACUGCUGGUGUUCUUAACUCCGAAGGUCUCAGUUUGCGCUGAAAACGCACCCGACUGGCCAAAGUCAUUAGGGGUUCGUUGGACACCCACCCAUAAAUUCAACUCGGCAGGCACGUGGACACCGGAUCCGAACCUCUUGCUGGGCGAAUAUGAAGAGGAAGUUCCCACUCGCGAAACGAAGGCGUAUUUCAUGACCGAAAACAACACUGUCAUCACCGUGCAAGUGGGGACCACCGCUGCACUACGCUGCCAGGUGUAUGAUGUGGCAGAACACGAAACAGUGUCGUGGAUUAGACAUCGAGACCACCACUUGAUCACUGUCGGCGCCAACACUUACUCGAACGACGAGCGAUUCCAAGUCACCUACUCCGAAAAAAUGCAGGAUUGGACGCUGCACGUGAGAUACGCCCAGCCACGAGACGCCGGGGUCUACGAAUGCCAGCUUUCAGCCCAUCCUCCCAUCGGCGUUUUCACAACCCUCAACGUCAUUGAGGCCAUAGCCGAAAUCGAGGGGGGGCCGGAAAGAUACGUGCAAACAGGAAGCUCCGUCCAUCUAAGAUGUACACUGAAGCACUUCACGGAGCCUCCGACAUACGUGUUUUGGUACCACGCCGAGCACAUGGUCAAUUACGACUCGAACGCAAGGAUCACUGUGGUUCCUCGCGCAGGCGAGAGCGAACUUCAGAUCUCGCGAGUAACUAAAGCUGACAGUGGAAACUACACCUGCCAGCCAGCCAAUGCCAGACCAGCAUCCAUUUCCCUCCAUGUUAUAACGGGUGAGACCCCGGCUGCCAUGCAGCGUGCUAGUGCCACAGAGGUUCAGUAUCGCUUUAGCUUGGCGCUCAUAUCUACAAUGGUGGCACUGAUCGCCUUGUAGACUCUACGGGAACGAAGUAUCGCGAGGUUCAUUUGUAGCCGGAGAAAAGAGUGAAAGGACACGAAGGGGAACAAGAAGCUCCAGUCACCGAACUUCUGAAUUUUAGGAUCUCACACGAGAGUUGGAUUCCUUGCGGUCUCCAGUUCGGGGUGAUUAACGAACCAAAAAAUAAUGGAAACGAUGAGAGAUGUAACAGUCUUUCUUAUUAUUUUUAAGGUGAUAUGCGGAUGAAAGAUGCACGUAACGAUUAUGAUCUAUGAUUUUGCACAGGUGUGAAUGCAGACCGAUACCUUCAAAAUACAAAAAACUUUAAGGAUAUCUCAGUCUAGUAUUUUAUGUUGAACAGGAAAGUGUUCGCGAGGAAACGUGUACUUCAGUGGUGGCUGUAAGUAUAGCCUGUAAAAUUAACAGACUUUGAGAAAUCUUGGUAAUUUGAGCAUAAAUUCAAGAGAUACUUUCUUUAGAUAAACUUAAACGUCAGGAAUACAAUUAUCAAUGGCAUGAUCAAUAACCAUCAAUAUAAGUGAAUUUGUAAUAGGACACAGAUCACUAGAUGAAAAAGUUGAAUAUAGUUAUGAAUACAAGCUUUGUCGCUUCAAAUCUGACAUUGACUGAAAUAAACAGUCGUGAUUAUAUACAAUAUGGUCUUAGGAACAGUGGAUACUUUCAGUUGAGAAUUACCCAGGGGUUUCGUAAGAAUCAGUUAACAGUGUCCCACGAACCUGAAAUUACUAUAUCGAAAUUGAAAAACGCCGUGUCAGAGACCUCUGCAGUAGCAACCACCAACGAACAUUUCUGGGUACCCGUGUUACUGAAUUGCUUACCUGUUGACGAAAACAUAAAAUAAAAACGGACCAUUUUGCGUGUUCAUUGCCAAGUAUAAAUAUGAAAAGUUAGUGCAAGAACAAAUGAAUGAUAAGAUAGAAACUUUGCGGCAUAUUUUGAAGAUUUUUUUCGUUUUUCUAACAAAGCUUUUAAAGUUUAAUCCCAAAAAUAUACAGUUAUUAGUUUUUAAUUUACUCAGAAACCAUGUAUGUAUCAAGUUCCUGGCCUCGACUCUCUUGUCUAUUUUUUUAGGGGAAAGAAUGACAUCCCGAAGAAAAUUCCUGCUGCCCGAUCUCAGUGCCACAGUCGUUUCAUCGAGAGUUCUCAGUCCUUAAAACUCCGAAAGGAAUCAAUCUGAAAAGUGAGAUUCCCAUAAAGAGAAAAAGCAACGGUAGCUCCCUUACAGCCCUUUAGACCAAU